CUCGAUGUGCCAGUCAUAUGGACUCUAAAUAGCCUACUUGUUUUGAAUAAUGUGCUAUGUUCAUAAAUACUAAAUAGGCCUACUGAUCGCAUAAUUUCUUUGUUUCAAUAAAACUCCACUCCAUAACUUCAGAAAGAUAUCUGGCUCUGUCACUGUGCAAAGCGUCCAAGUUCCCAUGGCAACGUUUCCAAACUUCUUUCCUUCUGAAUCUGAAUUUUUGCCUACGUUACUAGGCCAGCUACUGUAUUUCUUUCUCACGAUCUUAUUUAUAAAUCACAUGGAAUUUACAGGUAGUAGUUACACAGGAGAAUUUAAGAAUGGCAGGAUGGAGGGAAAAGGAGAGUACGUGUUCCCCACUGAAACCAAAUAUGUUGGAGAGAUGAGAGAUGGGAUGUUCCAUGGAAAAGGUGUUCUUUAUUUUCAUAAUGGCAGCAAAUACGAAGGGACCUGGGAGAAAGGGAUAUCCAAACAGGGCAAGUAUACUUUCUCAGAUGGUCUGGAGUACCAGGAGAAGGACUGGGAGUUCUGUGACAGCUAUGACAGACAGUUCUACACUGAGAGGUGCAAUGGCCUCAAACCUGCAGGUGAGUCUCAGCUAACUGACCUGGACCCUCCGCGGGUCGUCCCAGAGGGCUGCUAUGACUGUGGAGACGGAUUCUACCAUCCGGACACCAGGGUCAUCAUCGACUACCACGGGAACUUUCUGAGAAACACAGAUGACGACGAGCACGAGUGGAUUGUGCGCACCUGUCGGAAGAGCUGGGACGAGAUUGUUGGACAUUUAGGCCCACCGGAAAACUAAUCGCUAACCAUGGCCCUGGGAGCCGAACGGAAGAAUGGAGCGAAACGUUGCAAACCUUGAAUAAAACAUAAUUUCUUUUCACAGACGGUUCUUGUUCAAGUUCAGAAGUCCAGGACCAAUUUUUUGAGUGAAAUUAGCUUACAAGUAGACUAUUAUAAAAAAAAGGAGGCUUAACGUUAUUUGAGUGAAAUUAGUCAUUGAAAUCAGCUCAACAAACAUACAAUUUAAAAUAUCAACGAAUGUUUACUUAAUGCUUGUUCACAACACUUCCUUCUCAGCAUGACUCUAAAGCGUUUCUGCUGCAUUUCAAUGUAAUCAAUGUCACAUUGUUCCCUCCAAUGUCUGUCCAAUAGUAGAGACCUAUACUCAGCAGGUCCAAUCAACAUCCUAUAGUGAUCAGCUCAGUCUGGUCCAUGAGAAACAUCCACCAACAACUCAAACUGGGAAAGCAUUUUCACUAUGAAGUGACAUAGCUUGUUCUUUAUCUCAGAUAUCUCAGAUUUUCUUUGUUUGUUUUCUGUGUGUUUCUCAGUGGAAUGUAUUUAUAAAUCCACUGAGACAGGCUCGUGUGUUUGUUUGGGAAAGAGAUCCCUCAUCUUUAAAACUCCAGAUCCUGUAUGAGGAUCAAUCCCAUGAUGCUGUCUGACAGUGACUUCCUGUCUGCGAUGGUGGUGGAAUUAGUGCUGGAGUCAUUACUGCACACGAUGACCCGUGAAGAGCUUGCCGGCCUCACCAUUGGCCUGUGAUUGCUUCCUGCCCCACAUCGGGUACACACAUAGACUCACACAUAGAGUCACAUACAUACUCUCACACACACACCAACAACUGCCUACACACACAUUGCUCUAACUCUUUCUCAUGCACAUGCACACGACACACAAGUAUUCAACUACUUGGAAUUCCCGAUAAAUCUGGAAUCUAUAAUUGCUCAUUUGUAUUUCGAGUGUGUCCCUCAAAACCAAAACUGAAUACUUGGUGUUAAAAAUGCAUAUUUCAUAUUUGUCCCAAAA